AUGCAAGCCUUCCAAGCGUUCGCCGCGGCAGUGUGCCUGCUCGCGCAAUACGUCGCGGCUGUGGCACACAACGCCCGUAACAACCCGUCUCCUCCGGAACUAAGCGCCCCCAGCCACGGACCCACCGCCGCUGUUAACACGGCGCAGCUGCACAACGUCAAGUUGCCCAACACCGGCUCCGUCUUGCCUUCGCAUUCCAACUUCUUAAGCACGAUAUUCCAGUGGAUCUCUGGCGAGCCAGAGACUAAGGUGCGCAAUUUCACCGAGAAUGUGCACUCCGCGGCGGUCGAAUUCACGAACAUUCACCGGAACAAGUCGAUCAAGAAGCCGUUCAUCGAGAUCCAGAAGUCGGUUGCCGCCUACUCCGACGACCAGCAGCGUGCCCUGGUGCACUUCACCCUGGGCCAUGACACCAAGGCGCAAUCUGCCCACGUGACCAGUGCGAAGUUGACGCUCAAACGCCUGUCUGGCGGUGAUGAGUUCGGCGCGGAGUGCCCGAACAAGAAGAUCAAGAUCACUCGGAUCCACCCACCGGAGGGCGAAGGAGCGAACGAGCCCAAGACCGUGGGCAACACCUACACUGCGGAUGUCACCGACAGCGACGUCACUUGCGACCUGACGCCCAUGUUCACCGCAGAUGUGGCGCCUGCAGACUACCACGACUUCUGGCUCAUGCUUGAGAGCGAGCCGUUGUGCUACUUCACGUUCGACGGGAAGUCAACCAACGCUUACGUGGCCCUUGUGGUCAACAAAUCCGUCACCGAGGUGCAGCAGUACAAGAACUCCAUGAUGACGCCCCUCGCCCUCCUCGGCCUCGUUGGUGUCGGCACUACCAUUUACCUCUGCACGAAGAACCAGACCGACUACACUUACUUCCAGGACCAAGGGGAAUUCAUUGUCGACGCGUGA